GCCGAGCGUUUUGUUGCUGCUGACCGGGAACCGCGUGCUGCGUCUGGCCGCUAUCCGAGCACUCCGUCCCGCCUCCGCUUUCCAUCUUCUGCCGGAGAUGGAGUCUCCGUUCCUUGGGCGAGGCGAAGACGAGGUUACUAAUUUGCCUGGGUCAACAGAGCCCCAUAAACUGAAGUCUGGAAUCACAUCAGCUGUGUGUUUGCUGUCCGCUAACUAAGCAGCUGAUCGGCUCUGAUUGACAUCUGCUGGUGUCAUUCCUCUGAGGACAAACCAUCUGCUAAAAAUCAGCAUAAACCUGUAUUUGGGACAUUGUCUCGAUAUCAAAGGGAACAGUGCUCUGUUGUUGUGGUGACGCUCAAGCGAGACCUAGAUUGACAGGUCUCUCUCAAGAAUAACUCUCCAGGGCAGCCACCAAAAGGAACAUGUGCUAGAAGUUCAACAUCUGUCCUAAACAACUGGUCAGCUUUGACUCUAGAAGAUGAGCAAUGAGGAUGAGUUCUUUGACGCCGUCACAGGCCUGGAAUCGGACGAGUCGUACGAGGGGCUGUCGGAGGCCAGUUUCAAAGAUGCACAAGGGAUUGACAGCAGCAGCCAGAAGAACAAUGGAUCAGUCCCACAGGAGAAUGGCAUCAAGAAACACAGGACGGCUCUCCCUGCGCCCAUGUUUUCCAGAAACAAUAUCAGUGUCUGGAGUAUCCUGAAGAAAUGUAUUGGAUUGGAACUGUCCAAGAUCACGAUGCCCAUUGCCUUCAACGAGCCUCUGAGCUUCCUGCAGAGAAUCACAGAAUACAUGGAACACACUUACCUCAUCAACAGAGCCUGCUCACUGUCCGACUCUAUAGACCGCAUGCAGGCAGUAGCUGCUUUUGCUGUGUCAGCGGUUGCAUCCCAGUGGGACAGAACUGGAAAGCCUUUCAAUCCUUUGCUGGGAGAGACCUAUGAACUUAUCAGAGAGGAACAGGGUUUCCGACUAGUAUCCGAGCAGGUAUCCCAUCAUCCUCCAGUGAGCGCAUUCCAUGCUGAGAGCCUGGCUGGGGAUUUUGUCUUCCACGGCUCCAUCUACCCUAAACUGAAAUUCUGGGGAAAGAGUGUUGAAGCAGAGCCUAAAGGGACUAUCACACUAGAGCUACUCAAGUACGGGGAGGCAUACACAUGGAGCAACCCUAACUGCUGUGUGCACAAUGUCAUCCUGGGCAAACUGUGGAUAGAGCAGUAUGGCACAGUAGAAAUCAUCAACCACAGCACUGGAGACAAAUGUGUGUUGAAUUUCAAGCCCUGUGGGAUGUUUGGCAAAGAGCUGCACAAAGUGGAGGGAUACAUCCAAGACAAGAGCAAAAAGAAACUUGCUGUUAUCUAUGGGAAGUGGACUGAAUGCAUGUGGAGCGUCGACCCUCAGGCCUACGAGGCAAACAAGAAGUCAGAGAAGAAAGGAGACAACAGGAAGCAAAAAAAUGAGGAACUCGAGGGCGCGGAGAACGAUGAUGCAGAUGAUAUGCCCGAAGUCCAAGAGACUGUGUCUGUCGUACCAGGAAGCACUUUGUUGUGGAGGAUAGACUCUAGACCAGCACACUCUUCUAUGAUGUACAACUUCACAAACUUUGCAAUGUGUCUCAAUGAGCUGGAGCCGAGUAUGGAGGCCAUCCUGCCUUCCACCGAUUGUCGCUUCAGGCCUGACAUCAGAGCAAUGGAGAAUGGCAACAUGGAUGAGGCCAGUAUAGAAAAGGAAAGACUGGAGGAGAAACAGAGAGCUGCCAGAAAGGAGAGAGCCAAGACAGAUGAGGAGUGGUCUACUAGGUGGUUCCACAUGGGCACCAAUCCAUACACAGGCUCCCAGGAUUGGAUCUACACUGGUGGCUACUUCAACAGGAACUACCAAGACUUGCCUGAUAUCUACUGAAUGCCCGCUAGCCUUCAUCCUCCUCCUCCUCCUCCUCCUCCUCCUCCACCUCCACAUCUGUAACCUGCAGUCACCUUCCUGCCAUCAGCUGGAGAUAAAUGAUACAAGUCAACACGGGGCACACGCAGCUUAAAUUUGAAAUACUUGCAAAGAAGCCGAACGCUCGUCACCUGCUGUCUGCCGAGUCUUCAGUGAAGCAGUUUUUUUUUUUUUUUUCUUUCUUUCUUUCCCCACUUGGAGGUAAUUUACCAUCUUCUGCUAAGUCUGACUCCAAACAUCAGCAAUCAUCUCCUGUUUCUCUGCUGCAGCACUGUUUAGAGCACAAUGACAUUAAUUCCUACCAAUCCCACCGGCAGAGAGUUGGUAACAGUUAACAAUCUCACAGGUCCGUUCUGAAUGUUUAACAUCUUUGCUGUCAAACUCUGUUCUCUGAGGAACCUCCCGCCAAGACUCUUGAUGGCAACAUUUAAAAAUGUCAUAAAUAAAUACAAGUGAACACAUUAACCAAGACCCGAUAAUCACAGUGAUGAAUAUAUGGCUGCAGAUGAACAAACCAGUCAACAGGGAAUACUCUUUGAACUGAAGAUGGAUCUUGAGAAUGAUUUUGUUUAUUUGUUUGUUUGUUUUGGAAAAAGUUUAAAGAUUUAAACACUUAAAAUACUUAAGUAUAAGUUAUAUGCUACUCUAAGGAACAAAUAAAUGAUUAAUGAUUGUUAUAUUAGUCAAGACAAAUCAAAUGCAAUCAAGACUUCAUUACUGUCCAUGUAUCCUGAAAACAAUUAGUAUCUGCUGAUACUCGCCAAUUAUUUGGUAGUUAAAGUUUGAUAAAAGCAUUAAUAUGAGUCAAGACAAGUAUUAGAAACCAUGUUUCUCAACAACAAAACUGAACUGAGAACAGAAAAACAAAAGCAACUAAUGGUUUCUGAUUUCAAAUUAAGUGCCGCAUGAAUAACUCUGAAUUACUUUGCUUCACACAAGUGCAGAUAUUCCAUUACCCGAUACGUGCAUCUCGAGUUUGAAAUGCUGAGUUCUCUGAAUUCUUGUGCAUUUGAAGUGUGCGUUUACACCUCCACAGGCAGGUCAGCAGUCAGGGUUUAGCACUCACACCAGUUGAGUUUUCCCACGCGAACGUGUGACAUGAAAGGAUAAAUCCUGCUGUUCUGCAGCUGCUUGUGAAUGAAGCUAUUGUUCAGUGGUUUUCUUCUUAAACAGUGAGCUAAAAAUACGUCCAAAAUGCUAGAAGUAAAUGUAACAGUAAGAAUAUGUGUACAUCCAUUACGUAAACCAGUUUAUUCAUGCAUACAAACUCCUUGAACCACAUUAACAGGAGAAGAAGCUUUUUCUGUGUGAGUGAUUGUUAGAAAAUACGAACCUAAAGGAUUAUUAUUAAUCUCACUAUUGUCAUAGAAGAAACUCAUGCCAGCGUAAUGGAGUAUAAAAUUCAGCUCUAUGGAAGGAUUGGACGGAUGAUUAACGGACCAAAGUCAGGAGGAUCUGGGCAUCACCUGCAAACUGUCACAGACAUAAACAGGAAAAACCACAGUAAAGCAGACAGACCAGAGUAACUCAUGUCAGGAGACAACAAAACGCCCACAGAAGAUGCAGCAGUGAUUGUAGUCUAUGUCUGUGCAGCCUGUUUCUUACACUUCUGUGCAGAGCAGAAACACUGCGUCCUAAAAGGUUUCAAAAAGAGACCUUUUUGGGAUGUCGGAAGAAAUUGAAAUCCUUCCCUUUGACUUGUAUUAAGAUCAACAGCAGUGUGACGCUACAUUAAUUAUUCAUUUCAUCUUCACUGAGCAGGACUCAAGUUUCCCUUCAGAUUUAGCGGGACGAGAUCAGAGUGGAUGACGGCCACGAUGGGUUUUUCCUGCAGGUUUAUGGCGUUCUGUUGCUGUGCUGGGGUUUUAUUAAAAGAUGGAAGUUUUUUAAACAUCGUACUGCUUCGAUUCAAACACUUUGCUUUGCUCUCGCGGUCUAAAUUUAUGUUUUGAUGUGGCUCUUAAUGUAAAACCGUAGCUCAAGUCACACUAUAGCUUUGAUUGAAUGAUAAAUGUAGAAUAAACGGGUUCCAGCCCUCACGUCUGCGUACUAACUUAACGUCAUAAUACACACACUUUAUUUUAUUUGACUACAUUGCGACAGAUGCGAUCUGCUGAGGUUGAACCCCGCCCAGUACAAUGUUCAUCGGGAAUUUAACUUUUUAAUCUCGUUUCGUUUAGUUUGAAAUCACGUUUUCAGCCGAGCGUUUAGUUUGCAGCACCGACCCUAUGCAACGUUUGCACCUCGACACAAACGGCACGUGUCUGAUCUGUUGUUGUACAGCAGCUUUACGUUCCCCUCACCCGCAGCGACACACAAAACACGCACGCGUUGUUCAGCUUCUCAGCUUGAAUAGCGAGACGCAUCUUGAUAUAUUGAAUUCGCCGCCCUAGUUAAAUACAUUCCAGAUGAUUGAGAACUUGUUGAACUACUUGUCACUACAGGUAGCUGUGUUGUUACAUCUUUAACUUUAACUUUUCAUUUGUAUUGUUGUUGUUUUAAUAAAUGGAUUUAACAUGUCAUGCUUAGUGCCUGGACUUGUCAGAUUUCCAUUUUUAACUCGUGUGUUAUUUAUGAUGUUUUAUGGAAAAGUGUCAUUUUCCUUUUUUUUUUUUUUGUUGUUUUUGUAGCAAAAUCGUCUCCUAAUGCCUCCGUUUCACUUAAGAAGGAGCCGAGCGUCUAAUCAGGGCUUGAAGCAAACAUCAUUCACCAGCUGAACACUGGCACCUUUGACUGUGGCUGUUACAUUUGUCUGAUUUACUGGCCAGUACAGUAUCUUAAGUAGACUAGUUGUUGAAUUGAUUGCGAACAUUUUCUUUUUUUGACUGGUUAAAUUCACAAAGACAAUCCAGAGUCUCAUUAAUUUCAUUCACAAAACAAAAAGCGAACACUGCUCCAGCUGCAGAAGCCUGAAUUCAAACACAUCAAAUCCAAAUCCAAAUCUUGGUCAUUUUUUUACUGUAAAGUACUAUUAACUGGCACAAACCGACUAUUAAACAUAUGUAACUGUCACAUUCAUCAGUGCUGGUUCAAGCUCUGCCUGUUAUACGACUAAUACACGUUAUUUAACUAAUUCUAGGAUUUUAUGUUGCUUUGACUGUUGGUUCUUUCUAUUAAGAAAAUGUUUUCUGUUGAAUUUAAUUUCUCUUGGACCGUGUCAUGUGAUUGUCGAUGUAAUAUAUGUGUACAAGUGUUGCACAGAGGUAAUCACAAGCAAAAUGGCAUAUUUGUGCAAUUGAUUUUAUUUUUAUAGUAUUUAAACAGUUUUUGGUGACAACCAGAUGUCUUAUUUUGAAGUUUGGGGGGGGCUAUAAGGGGUUGUACCAUACUGUGGACUGCUUGUUAGAUUCUAUGAAUGGGGGAAAUGUCUACUAAUAAAACCCUAAUGUCAGUUUUGGAGCCUGUCUG